AUGCCGAUCGCGCGCUUCAAGGUCGUCCUCCUCGGCGAGGGCCGCGUCGGCAAAACCUCCAUCCUCCUCCGCUACGUCAAGGGCGAGCGCGUGCCGGCGUAUUCGGACCGGCAGGUGUCCACGCUGCAGGCGUCGUACCUCGACAAGCGCCUGAGCCUCCGCGCGGGGCAGAGCGCGUCGCUUUCCAUCUGGGACACCGCGGGCCAGGAGCGCUUCCACGCGCUGGGCCCCAUCUACUACCGCGACGCCGACGGCGCGCUCCUCGUCUACGACAUCACGGACUUUGAAUCCUUCCAGAAGGUGCGCAAGUGGGUCCGGGAGCUGCGGCAGAUCGUCGGCCAGGAGAUCGCGAUCACCAUCGCGGGCAACAAGGUCGACCUCGAGAGCUCCCGCGCCGUGCCCGAGGCCGAGGCGCUGGACUACGCCGCGUCCGUCGGCGCGACCCACGUCUACACGUCCGCGAAGCUCAACAAGGGCCUCGAAGACGCCUUCGCCGAGCUCUCGGAGCGCAUGGCGACGCGACGGAACGAGACCCGCGGGCCCGGCGCCGCGGGGCUCCCGGGCGCGAAGCGGUCCUCCAUCUCCAUCGUCGACGACCCCGUCGCGCCCAAGAAGAAGGACUCGUGCUGCUAG